AUGGAAGAAGGGUCUGGAGAACAAGAACACUAUUUGAAAUGGUUCAAAUCUCAGGGAUUUCAUGUUUACGGUGAGGAUUAUCCAGAGUUCUUUGAAGGUGGCGGCGAUUCGGUGUUUUCCGAUCCCAACACGUUGUGGGCAGGAUACGGGCAGAGGUCUGCCAAAGGGGUUUGUACUUGCUUCAUUGUUUUCUUCUUCUACUUUGAUUUAUAAAA